GGUAGGCCUGCUCCCCAGCACUCUCUUCCUUCCCCAGCAGUGCCAACACGGAGGAGGCAGAGCCAUGGCAUCGCUGCUGUGCAACGCCCGUGAGUGUCCCAGCAGAGGGGUGCGUGCGGCAGGGCGCUGGGUGGAGUCCGUUCCUCCUCCAUCCUGGGUCCCAGAGGCUGGAGGGAGUGAGGUCCCCCUGGCCAUGCUGCCCACUCUGCCCCCAGGCAUCCAGCUCACAGAAACACUGGAGAAGAUGCAGCAAGGGACACUGAUGCGUAAAGUCAAAUCCAAGAGCUGGAAGAAGCAGAGGUACUUCAAGCUGCAGGAUGACUGCAUGACCAUCUGGUACCAGUCCAAGAGGACGGGCAAAAUUGAGUCUGCUUUCUCCAUCAGCGAUGUGGAGACAGUGCGGGAAGGGCACCAGUCAGAGGUGUUGCAGAGCCUGGCUGAGGAGUUCCCCCCCGAGCGCUGCUUCACCAUUGUUUUCUACGGGCGUCGGGGCAAUCUGGACCUCAUCGCUGGCACAGAGGAAGAGGCGCAGUGCUGGGUCCAGGGCCUGCGCCAGCUCAUUGAAGUGGCCACCAGCAUGGACCAGAGGGAGAGAAUAGACCAAUGGAUUCGUGACUGGUUCCAGAAAGCUGACAAGAACAAGGACGGGCGCAUGAACUUCAAGGAGGUGCAGCGUCUCCUGAAGAUGAUGAAUGUAGACAUGAAUGAGGACCAUGCCCUGCGACUCUUCCAGGCUGCCGACAAGUCAGAGUCAGGGACACUGGAAGGGGAAGAGUUUGUGCUCUUCUACAAAGCCCUCACAGAGCGCAAAGAGGUGCAGAGCCUCUUCCAGGAGUUCUCUGAGGACGGGAAGAAGCUGACGCUUCUGGAGCUGGUGGAUUUCCUGCGGCAGGAGCAGCUGGAGGAGGAGGGCACGGAGGAGCUCGCUAUGGAGCUCAUUGACAAAUAUGAGCCCUCAGAGACAGCCAGGGCUCGCCACGCGCUGAGUGCUGAUGGGUUCCUCAUGUACCUCUGCUCCCCGGAGGGCUCCAUCUUCAAUUCUCAGCACCGGGCUCUGUGGCAGGACAUGACCCAACCUCUCUGCCACUACUUCAUCUCCUCCUCUCACAACACCUACCUGAUAGAGGACCAGAUCCGGGGUCAGAGCAGCAUUGAAGGCUACAUCAGGGCUCUGAAACGGGGCUGCCGCUGCCUGGAGGUGGAUUGCUGGGACGGGCCGAAUGGGGAGCCCAUAGUGUACCACGGCCACACCUUCACCUCCAAGAUCCCCUUCAGGGAGGUGGUGAGCACCCUGGGGAAGUACGCCUUCCAGGCUUCCGACUUCCCAGUGAUCCUGUCCCUGGAGAACCACUGCAGCAUGGAGCAGCAGGAGGUGCUGGCCCAGCAGCUGAAGGACAUUCUGGGGGAGCAGCUCCUCACCGCCACCACCGACGGGCGCGUCCCCACCCAGCUCCCAUCCCCAGAGGAGCUGAAACACAAGAUCCUGCUGAAGGGGAAGAAGAUCGGACGGCUGGAGGAUACGCUGGAUGGCCCAGGGGAUGAGGCACCCGAUGUGUCUGAUGACGACAAUGGGGCAGAGGCAGAGGAGGAGAAGCGGAGGAUGAAGAAGGACAGGGAGAGCCUGGCACAGGCGUUGUCUGACUGCGUUGUCUACUGCAAGAAUGUGUCCUUCCGGGGUUUCCAGGAGGCCCGCAACCACUCCCGGCCUUCUGAAAUCUCCUCCCUCUCUGAGGCGAAGGCCAGGAAGCUCAUCCGGGAUGCAGGGAAUGAGUUUGUCCGGCACAACACCUGGCAGCUGACACGCAUCUACCCCAGCGGGAUGCGGACAGACUCCUCCAAUUACAGCCCCCAGGAGAUGUGGAACGCAGGAUGUCAGAUUGUGGCCCUGAACUUCCAAACAGCUGGCAUGGAGAUGGACCUGUGUGAUGGGCUGUUCAGCCAGAAUGGCCACUGUGGCUACGUGCUUAAACCACCCUUCAUGAGAGAUGAAGGGACCCUCUUCAAUCCCAAUGAUCCCAGCACCUGGCAGGGCACUGGCCCCGUCACCUUGACAAUCCAGGUGAUUAGCGGACAGCAGCUGCCCAAAGUGGCCAACACGAAGGAUGGAGCCAUCAUUGACCCCCUGGUACGCGUGGAGAUCCAUGGGGUGCCUGCAGACCAGGCACACCAGGAGACCAAGUACAUUGAGAACAAUGGGUUUAACCCCCACUGGGACGAGACCCUUCAGUUCCAGCUUCACGUGCCCCAGCUGGCCCUUGUCCGCUUUGUGGUGGAGGAUUAUGACAAGACCUCCAGGAACGAUUUUGUGGGACAGUUCACCCUGGCCUUUGCCAAUAUCAAACCUGGAUACCGCCACAUCCAUCUCCUCUCCAAGGAUGGCACCAGCAUCCCGCCCUCUUCGCUCUUUGUCCACAUCCGCAUCACUGAGCCGCCUGGCCCUGAGCAAGACUGAACCCACAGUGCCAGCGGGACCUGGAUAGAAGC